AUGCUGAAGGUCAGCUCGUCGGAGAAGGAUUACAUCGUCGAAGGCGUCGCCGCCGACGUACGUGCAGACGGACGGGACCGCCUUUCAUACCGCAGCCUGUCUUUGGAAACAUCCCUUCUUGCACAGUCCAACGGCUCGGCGCGCGCAUCACUGGAGGCGUCGGGCACCGACGUGCUGGCCUCUGUUAAGCUAGAAGUGGCGUCUCCGCUGCCCGAGGAUCCAAACGCGGGCAUCGUCCAGGUUGAUGUUUCUUGCUGCCCCUCUGUCUCGGCCAAGCUUUAUGGACGUGCUGUGGAGGAGCUAAAUGUGGAGCUGUCGCAGCUCAUGACGCGAUUACUGUGCUCGUGCCCCAGUGCCGAGCUCGAGAAGUACUGCAUCAUCCCGGGCGAGAGCGUCUGGUCUAUCAGCAUCGAUGUGAUGGUGUUUGAGUCUAGCGGUAAUCUUCCAGACGUAAUUUCCAUGGCCAUCUACGCGGCGCUCAACGACACGAUCUUCCCGUCGGUGCGCCUGGUGGGCGUGGAGGGCGAGGACAAGACCAUUGAGGUAGACACGGACCCUGCAGCUGGCAAGCUUAUGAUGGCCCAGCAGUGGCCUAUAUGUGUGACUCUCAGCAAGAUCGGCGACUACUUUAUUACUGACCCGCUGCAAGAGGAAGAACUGUGCACGACAGCGCAGAUGAGCGUGGCCGUCAACCCCGACGGAAACGUCUGUGGUGUCCAGAAGAGCGGCAACGGCUCCAUCGAGAUGGAGGAGAUGCAGCAAAUGAUCGAUGAGGCGUGCGCACGAUCGAAAGAUCUAUUUAAACUGCUACAGAAGGCUUUGCUCGAGCAGAGAGCUAGGGAUGCCAAUGCAGGACAUAGAGUGGAGCGUGUUGGCUUUCUUGGAUAA